UUCACAUUAGAUUACCGUAGGGAAGCUGAUGUGAGAGCUCAAGAUGAGGGCUUCGAUAUUUGUACCUCUCUUGAUUCUAGUCAGUGGGAUAGUAGCGUAUCCCAGCAAACUGAAUGAAGAAGAAUGGUGGACGAAGACAAUUUUUUACCAAAUCUAUCCGAGAUCUUAUGCUGAUAGUGAUGGAGACGGCAUUGGUGAUCUGAAAGGAAUAAUUUCUAAAUUGGAAUAUAUCAAGGAGCUAGGCGUUGGCGCAAUAUGGUUGUCACCGAUUUUCCAAUCUCCAAUGUAUGAUUUUGGUUACGAUAUCUCCGAUUUCUAUGCCAUUCACGACGAAUACGGAACCAUGGACGAUUUCGAAGCUUUGACGAAUAGAGCAAGAGAACUCGAUAUAAAGGUUGUCCUUGAUCUUGUACCAAAUCACACAUCAAACGAGAGCAUGUGGUUCCAAGAGGCUCUCAAGGGUAACAAGAAAUAUUACGACUACUUUAUCUGGGAGGAUGGCAUUAUUGAUGAAAACGGGAACAGACAACCGCCUAAUAACUGGCUAAGCCAUUUCCGUGGUAGCGCUUGGGAAUACAGGGAGGAAGUCGGAAAGUAUUAUUUGCAUCAAUUUGUUGUCGGCCAGCCAGAUCUCAACUACCGCAAUCCCGACGUUGUUCAAGAAAUGAAGGAUGUAAUCAGCUUUUGGUUGAAUAAAGGUGUUCAUGGAUUUAGAGUAGACGCUGUCAAUUGCUUAUUUGAGGUCGAUAAAAAUCUUUUCGGAGGCGUGUACCCAGAUGAACCACCUUCAGGACGUACUGAUGUCGAUUCGGGUUCUCACGAUUCUCUAUCUCACAUUUACACUAAAGAUUUAAACGAAACAUACUACAUGGUGUAUGAAUGGAGGGCUUUAUUAGACGAAUUCGCAGAAAAGGAUGGUGUACCAAGGAUUAUGAUGACAGAAGUAUAUGCGACGAUUCAGAAUGUCGUAAGGUACUACGGCGAAGGUGAUUUGAAAGGUGCUCAGAUACCAUUCAAUUUCGAUCUCAUCAGCGAUGUAGAUGCAUCGUCCACUGCUCCUGAUAUAAAAUAUACCAUUGACAAAUUCAUGACAUAUAAACCUGUGGACGAAAUUCCGAACUGGGUGGUAGGCAACCAUGACAACAGUCGUAUGGCUACAAGGUUUGGUCCUUCUUUAGUGGAUGGUAUUAAUAUGUUGGUUCUUCUUUUGCCUGGAGUCGGUGUAACUUAUAUGGGUGAGGAAAUCGGAAUGGUAGAUGGUUACGUAAGUUGGGAAGAUACUGUUGAUCCAUCGGGAUGUAAUACUAAUGAUCCUAUCAACUACGCACUUUCAUCCAGAGAUCCCGAAAGAACACCAUUCCAAUGGAAUGCAGAUAAGAAUUCAGGUUUCUCAUCAGCUGAAAAAACAUGGUUGCCGGUUGCCGAGGGAUAUGAAACCUUAAAUGUAGCGGUUCAGAGUGAAGCUGAAAAGUCUCAUUGGAAAAUCUACCAAGCGUUGGCGCAGCUUCGUCAGCAGCGGGUAUUCAGAAAAGGCCGCUACGAGUCAUUGGCGUUGAAUAAAGAUGUCCUCGCCUUCAAAAGAUGGAUCAAAAAUGAUAUUUAUGUAAUUGUUUUGAAUUUGAAAGAUAAAGAGCAAGAAGUAGAUCUCACUUAUUUUGAAAACGUCUCGAAGAAACUAAAACUUGUACUAAGUAGCAUUCAAUCAACCAAAAAAGUGGGAGAAACCUUCGCUGCAUCGUUACUGCCUCUAACUCCAUAUGAAGCAUUGGUUCUUAAAGUAAAAUAGUGGAUUUAAAAAAAAUGCUGUUAUUGUAAUUGUUAUUAAGAAAAUUGAAAUAAAUAGUAAUAUUGACGUUGAUAUUUUUAUUUAUAUUGCUUUAUUUAUAUUAUAUUGUUAGUUAAUGAUUUAUGUUCUUAAGAUCGAACUUACAACAUUUUUAA